AGGGUAGAGGGGGGUUCAUUUGCUGCAGCUGCUGUGGCGGAGGAGGGGGAGUAUGCACUAUUUCGAUGAAUUGUAAUUUCAUCAAGUCUUGGGUUUGAGAUUCUGGUACUUCGGGAGUGACUGGAAAUAGAAAUGCGAGGGGCAUGUAGUUCGGCCGUACAUAUUUUAAAAGGGCCCGGUUGUCGCCAGGCGAUGCCUUGAGAUUUUGCUUGCAUUUUUGCGGUUCUUUUACCUGACUGAGUGAAGCUUUACCAUGAUAUUUGGCCGACACUUAUCGAGCCUGGUGGCUCUUCUGUAUACUAGUGUAGGCGUUCUAGGGUACCCGACUUGCGAGAAGGCUUCGGCUGGUGACUGCGCAUAUCCGUCUCUGGUCAAUGCGACAUCAGAUCAACUCCAGGAUGGCCUGAGCAAAGGAUGCUUCACGAGCGCUGAUUUAGUCAAGGCGUACGUGGAAAGGAUCCACGAGGUCAACUCAACCCUGCACAUGGUGUUGGAAAUCAAUCCGGAUGCGAUACAGAUUGCCCAGUGUCUCGACGAGGAGAGAAAGAAUGGCAACACUCGAGGGCCUCUGCACGGUCUACCCAUUCUGGUCAAAGACCUGAUAGGCACAAACGACAAAAUGGAAACGGCUGCCGGCUCGUAUGCACUCGUUGGCGCAAAAGUACCCGAAGAUUCGACGGUCGUCGCCAAACUCAGAGAAAGCGGUGCCAUCAUUCUCGGCAAGACAAGUCUCUCAGAAUGGGCGAACUUCAGAUCCUCAGAUUCAUCUGAUGGCUGGAAUGCGAGAGGAGGUCAGACGUAUGCCGCCUAUAUUCAGAACCAGACUCCCAGUGGUAGUUCUAGCGGCAGUGCCGUUUCUGCUGAUCUGGGGCUCGCUCUAGCAGCGCUUGGGACGGAGACAUAUGGAAGUAUCCUCUGGCCCAGCGAAAAGAGCAACAUUGUCGGAAUCAAACCAACCACCGGACUGACCUCACGGCAUAUGACCAUUCCAAUCAGCAAUCGCCAGGAUACCAUCGGACCCAUGGCCAGAACGGUCAAAGAUGCAGCAAUGGUCCUACAGGCUAUUGUCGGACAGGAUCCCAAAGAUAACUAUACGCUGGCCUCACCAUUUGCCGCCUGUUUUCCGGAUUAUGUCGCGGCGUGCAAGUCGUCGGGCUUGCAAGGAAAACGAAUCGGGAUCCCUCGCAACGUUGUUAGCCAUUAUGGCGGAAAAGAUAAUCCCGUUGUAUCGGCCUUUGAAGCCACCAUCUCGGAAAUAGAAGCUGCAGGAGCAACUAUCGUUGAGGACGCCAACUUCACGGCUUAUGAGGAGUUCACCAAUUCGGAUACGUACGGCGAAAUGACGGCUUUGGACUUCAUCAGCAAUAUCGCAAACUACCUUUCCAGCCUGAAAACGAACCCAAACAAGCUUGAUUCCUUAAAUGACAUCCGGAAUUUCACACAACAUGAACCCCUGGAAGAUUACCCAGAUCGCGACACGCACUUAUGGGACUUGGCCCUAUUCGUAGGACUGAACAACACAUCCCCAGAAUUUUGGUUAAUGUACCAGGAAGUCCUCAGAAUCGGCGGUGAUGGGGGAAUCCUAGGUGCCCUUGACCGGCAAAACCUGGACGCUGUCAUCUUGCCCACUGCCGUCGCCCCUGGAAUUCCAGCCAUGGUCGGCUCGCCGGCUAUCACGGUUCCGCUUGGUGUAUUGCCAGAGGGAACGCCUGAAUUCAAGGAUCGUGGAGUUGUGUAUAGUGCUCCUGGGAUUCCUUUCGGGAUUAGUUUUCUGGGAGCAAAAUGGAGCGAGGAACAGCUGAUUGGGAUGGCGUAUGCUUUUGAGCAGCGAACAUUGAGGAGGGAUCAGUUGCGACGCAUCAUUGAGCCGAAGACGGAGCUGAGAGAUGUUUUAUAGUCCCGGUAUCUGGUUUUGUUCAUUGCUUCCUGGAACAUGCUGGUUCAUUGCCCCAGGAGCUGGUCUGUACAUAGAGGCAAUUUGCAUUCUGCAUGGAAUAUUAGCAUGAGUUCGCAUAUAUAAAACAGAGUAC